AUGAACCAAGACAAGACGAUCACCACAUCCACCUUAAAUGCAUCUGCCGCUCUCUCCAACGCAAACCGCGUGCUCGCACCGAGCAAAGCAUUCCCCGGAACUAGUUUAGGCGCCCUCACCACGCCACUCCGCGGUUUCGGCCCGACCACCCUAUUCGCAGGCAAGGUUGAACAAGGCCGUUGCAGAGGGGAUAUGAUGUCAAAGAGUCGACAAACCGCAAGCUACCGAAUGAAAGAAAUGUGCCUGAUUAAGUCGCCAAGCAGCGAAAAUCAGAGGAGGUGGAACCGCAGAAGGUGGAAAAGUGAGAAAGUUUGA